AAAAAAAAAAAAAAGGCAGAAAUUGAAUCGGGUUCGGCCCAUGGUCAGUGCAAUCUAAAAAAAAAAAAAAAAUGAUAAUAAAAAGCCGGGUUCGGCCCAUGGCGGGAAAAAGAGAGAAUAGAAAAGAACGGGUAAAUUUGCCGUGGUCAACUGGUAGUGUUGCCAGAUCAAAAACAAGAUUUAGUUGAAUUGUUGGUAGGUUUUGUGCACAAAGAAGAGGAAGAGACUCCUAAAGGAUUAGCUGUGUGUGUGUGUGAGCGAGAGAGAGAGAGAGAAAUGGGUUUGACGAGUCGAUAAAGGAGUUACGUGUGUAGUGGUGAGUGUGGCGAAACGCGCGCUUGCAGAGCGUUACGGCGAACGGGUUGCCAGUAUCGAUGAUCGUGUAUGAAUAUCUGAUCUCUUUUGUUGUGGGAGAUGGAUUGGUAUAUGUGAAAUGAGAGUUUAUGUUCUUUUCUUUUGGCGCGGAUGAAGUGCAGAAUUUGGUUUGACUAUCAUUCUUUGUUGGUUUAUCGCUGGAAGCGGACGGAAAAAUAUUUGCGCAAAGAAAAGAAAAAGUGUCAUAUUUUGUAAAAUCAAAAUGAGUAAAGGCUGGGCAGUUAGCGAUAUAUCACAAAGUGAUGAACAGCCGGAUGCAAAAGAGCAGGAUGACAUGCAUUUUGCUGCUAGAAAAACUACCAACGAGUGGUUGUCAGGAUCGUGGCCGUUAAGGCAUUUCGAUGAAACAGUGCCAACUAACAAACGCAAGGCGGAAUGGAUACGGUUUCGAGAUCAGUUUAAGAGGAUAGUGGCAUGCAAAGCGCCUGUUGAUUCAAAAACCCGUGUAACGGGUCUAAAGAUUUUUGCAGGAAGCUAUUUGUUGAGCAUCAUCGAAAUGCAGCAGCGAAAUUUGCCGUCCAAAUCGGAGGAUAUAUACAACGAAACUAUCCGCGCACUUGACGAUUAUUUUAGUGAUUUGUGCGACGCAUCAAAAGAGAGGAUGAAGUUCCGUGAGAUGAAGAUGAAAGUGCAUGAACCAUUUGCGGACUGGGUGCUGCGUCUUGAAAAGCAAGCGGUGUUAUGCGAAUUCGUGGGUGCGCAGCGUGAGGAGGAGAUAAUGCAGGCGGUGGUACGGCGAUCGGUUCCAGAAAUAUCUGCUAAGCUUUACGAAAUGGCAAACUUUUUCGGUAACAAUUUAGAACGGGUAAUUAGCCAUGGAAAACAUCUCGAUUUCAUUCGCACGGAAGAGGCGGAGAGGAAGCCGGAAGGAGAAGAAGGGAACUCCGCGCAGAGUCAGGAUGAUCGACGAGCGUUGAUAAGACCGGUGAAUGCUAUCCUUUCGGCGAAAGUUCCGGCUAAUCGAUAUAAGCCUUACGAGACAAAGUGGAGUAAAAUGCGAGAUACUGGAUCUCGAGUACAGAAGAAUGAGGAAAGGCGUGAAGGAAUGCGACUCUGUACGAAGUGCGGACGUACGCACGGUUGGGGCCAAUGCAAAGCAUUUCGCGCGAAAUGUUUCUCUUGCGGGAGAACCGGCCAUUUUGCCGAAUUUUGCUUUGCAGCAAAAAGGAACCAUAAUACAAUGGGAAUGAAACAAGAAGCCGAGCGUGUCAACCAGCUGAUAACUGGCAAGGCAACGUCAUCUGGGGUGAUAAGUGAUCCGCGUAUCGUGAAUUGUGUUAUAGGAUCGGUGGAGUUUAAAUUCUUGGUGGAUUCGGGGGCGACAGUGAAUACGGUAACUAAGAAAGGUUGGGAGAGGAUCAAGGAAGAAUGUAGUACGGUAAUUCAAGACAUUACAUUGCACCCAGAAGAAAUUUUGAAAGGAUAUGCUACUCAUCGACCGUUAGAAGUGAUAUGUUCAUUUCGGGCUUAUGUGGGGGUGAAGGAUGCUGGACAGGACAGGCAAUUGGCAAGUUUUUUGUAGUGAACGGUACAGAGAUUUCACUUCUCGGUUUUCAAACGGCAAGUCAGUUAAAAUUAUUAAGGAUAGGGCUAGGGCUGCUAAAGAAGGAGAUAAAUUGUGCCGAAUUAGUUGGGAGAAAAACGAGCAUCGACAACAGUGAAUCGGGGCCAGGUGCGGCUGAUCAGUGGGUCAAAUUUCCGAAAAUCGGUGGGGAGCCGGUAAAAUUCCGAAUAGACACAUCAGUGAUACCAAAGCGCAUAAUUAGAUAUAACGUCCCGAUUGCGUUCGAGAAAGCAGUUAAUGAAAGACUUGAAGAUAUGGAAAGAAGGCAGAUUAUAGAAAGGGCUGAUAGGAGAGGUAGCACGAUAUCAUUUGUAUCACCAAUGGUGCUAGUUCCGAAGGGUCAGAAGGAUUUCAGAAUGGUUAUAGAUUAUCGGGAGGUGAACAAGGCAAUAGUUCGUGAGCCCUAUCCAAUGCCGUCGCUUGAGAAAGUGUGGGCUGACAUACCUCAUAAUGGAGGAAAAUUAUUUUUUACGAAACUAGACUUAAAGGAUGCAUAUUUUCAUAUAGAACUUCACGAAGAGGUGCGCCAUUUAACCACUUUUAUGACGGCUAACGGUUUGAUGCGAUUCACGAGGUUGCCUUUUGGGUUGUCGUGUGCACCUGAGUUGUUUCAGAGUGUUAUGGAGAAGUUAUUUGCAGAUUGUAAGAAUUUAGUGGUAUACAUGGAUGAUGUUCUAGUUUAUGGGCGAUCUUUAGAGGAGUUAGAGAAAUUAGUGAAGGAAGUAAAAAGAGUGAUUGAGAUAAAUCACCUAACGAUUAAUGAAGAAAAAUCGUUAUAUAAUCAGGAGAAAGUUGAUUUUUUGGGUUUCACAAUCGACGGACGUGGUAUUCUCCCCACCAAAGAGAAGAUUUCAGACAUAUUAAAGUUCGAUAGACCAAAAGACGUGUCCGAGGUGCGGAGUUUUUUGGGCAUGAUAACAUUUAUAAGCCCAUUCAUAAAAGGAUUUUCGCAUAAGACUAAACCCUUACGGGAUUUGUUAUCGAAAAAAGCAAAAUUCGAAUGGAAAAAAGAACAACAGGAUGCGUUUGAGGAGCUAAAAAUUGCAACAGAAAAUGAUUUGAUUAAGAGAGGAUAUUUCGAUGCAAAAGACAAAACCAUUCUGUACACUGAUGCGUCACCCUGGGGGUUAGGCGCUGUUUUAGCACAAGAAGGUUAUUUAGACGGAGAAAGAAGGAUUAUAGCAUGCGCAUCGAAGAGUCUUACAGAGGUAGAAGGGAGAUAUCCACAACUUCAUCGUGAGGCGUUGGCUAUAGUAUGGGCCAUGGAAAGAUUUGCAUAUUAUUUAAUUGGCAGAAAAUUUACAUUGCGGUCAGACAGUGAAGCCUUAAUGUUUAUGCUUAGAGGAAAACACCGCAAGGACAUGGGUAAAAGGAUAAUGUCAAGAGCAGAGGGCUGGUUCCUGAGAAUGGAGCAUUUUUGUUACGAAUUCGAACAUGUAGCAGGAAAGGACAAUAUAGCUGACGCAGCCUCUAGAAUUGGGGAAAAGCGAAAUGAUCCGCAAUUCGGAUGGGGAAAGGAACCGCAUGAGCUAUGUUUGGUAGAAACAGAGAUUAACUAUAUUAGUGAAGGACUAGUAGCAAUGACGUCACAGGAAGUGCAGAAGGAACAACUGAAGGAUAGGGAGUUGCAAGAGGUUAUGCUUUGGUUAGACAAAAAACAGAAAUGGCCGACAGAAAUUGUGAAGUUCCAACCAUUUCAACGUGAAAUGUACAUCCAGGAGGGAUCACUAAUGAAGCAGGAAAAGUUAGUAUUGCCUGAAAAUCUGCGUAAGAGGGCUUUAAGUCUAGCGCAUCGAUGUCAUCCAGGAAUGUCAACAAUGAAGAAUAUUUUGCGGCAAGGGUUAUGGUGGCCCAAUAUGGAUCGGGAGGUAGAAUCUUUUGUAAAAAGUUGUCCGGAGUGCCAGGUUAUUAAAGCAGAUAGCCAUCCACCUCCCAUCACAUUGACGGAUCUCCCUAACAACCCGUGGGAUUAUGUAUCCAUAGAUUUUGCUACUUUGUCGGACGUUUUGCAUUGGAAAGCAUUAGUGUUCACAGACAAUUAUUCCAGGUUUUUAGUUGCGGUUCCGAUAGAGCGAGCUGACGGGGAGGCAGUGAAAGCAGUUCUAAAAAAAGUUUUUAACACUUACUAUGUACCAAAAACUAUAAAAGCGGACAAUGGACCACCUUUUAAUAGUGUGGAGCUACAAACUUGGUUGCAAGAGGUAUGGGGUGUUAAGUUGAUUCAUUGUACACCGCUGAACCCAACAGAAAAUGGUCUGGUUGAGAGAAAUAUGCAAGGCAUAAACAAAAUUGCAGCAAUUGCAAAAAUUAGAAAGCUUAAUUGGAAAGAAGCUCUUGCCGAUUAUGUGGCAGCAUAUAAUUCCUGGCCUCAUCAUGUGACGAAAAUACCCCCGGCGGAACUUAUGUUUGGUAGGGCGGUCAGGGGUUUAUUGCCAAACAUGAAGUUGAACUCAAGGCAGGCGCUGGAUGAUGAACUCAGGGAUCGAGACAGAACAGCAAAGUUUGAGCGAAAUGCAAGAGAGGAUGAGAGGCGCCGAGCUAAAAAUACAAGUAUAAAAGUUGGUGAUAAGGUACUUGUUAUGCAGCAGAAAAGGGAUAAGGCCGAUACAGCCUAUAAAAACAAAUUUUAUAAAGUAACUAAAAUGGAAGGAAUUGGAAGAGCGACAAUAAGGGAUAUGGAAAAUAGUAAGGAGUAUCAGCGCAGUGUUAAGCAUUUAAAGAAAUUUGUGGACAGAAGUGAUGACCAGGAGAGUGAGAUAGGUAUUGAGGAGGAGAAUACAUCGCUGGAAGUACCCGAAGGAAUGGAACAGGUAGUAGAACGGAAUUUAUACCGAGAACUAGAAGUAGAGCGACCCGUGGGAAGGUCGAUUCGGACGGCCGAAACGGAUGGUAGGAUUAGAGAAGCUAGGGAAAUUAAGCGUCCAUGGAGGUUUCGAGACGGAAGUAUGUGAAGGGUGUAGGUUAAGUUUAUAUCAUAAUACAUUUUGGGAUGUGAAAACCUUUACAUAUUUUUUAGUAAAGGGAGAAUGUGGGAUCCUAGAGUAAGAAAGAGAAAGAAUGCGAUGUAUGAUGGUUGAAGGCAGUCGGAGUUGAGCAGCAAAUAAAGAAGGUUGUGUUCUGGUAACGAA